AUGACACCUACGGGGACGACGCCAGACGGCAGUCGUAUUACGACUCUGAGUACCCACCAGAAAUUCAUUCGGUCCGUUCCCAUCAAAGACGAUACUCUGAGUCCCGUGAGGGAAAAUGACGUAGAGAGCCGGCCCGGCGUGUCGCUCGCCAUGUCAAACGUGUCGAUCAUGCAAAAGGCGCGGCGGAUCGCCUCGAACGAGCCUCCGGACGGCUGGGGUGCGCUCCGGUGCUUGCUCGCUCAGUGGCUCGCUCCAGUCCUUCGCCAGCUCCAGUCCUUCGCCAGCUCCAGUCCUUCGCCAGCUCCAGUCCUUCGCCAGUCGGAAGCAAUUCGAUCGCCACCACACCACAAUCAUGAACAGUGCGUGAAAAUGCGUCUCGGUCGAAUCAUGGACUCCUUGAAAGGGGCUCGAGGUAUGGUCCAGUGUAGCGAUGAAGGGAGAAUCCUAGGUCUGAACUGUCUCGACAAGUCGCCGUCGUCCGUGAGAAGCGUCGUCAUCUUGGUGGAGCAUCCCUUGUUGAUGUGGGCUGUGGACCGAAUGCCCAGUGAUGGAUCCCAAGAGUUGAGCUGA